UUGUUGCUUAAACUGAAAUAUUAUGUCAGCUAGUCUAGUCGGGAAGACAAUCUCGAUUAUAUCGAUUCACAUGUUCCCUCUGUGUAACCAAUUAAUAAAACAUCAAAUUGACUCAUUUUUGAUUCUUUGAAAAGAACUGAAUCGUUUGUAUAAUUCAUUAAGUGUUAAAAGAACGAAUUCAUUGAUCCAUGAACUGAGUGUGAUAAAGAUAUGAAAAGAUAAAUAAAAAUUUCGGUGUUAGCUGCAUAAACGUUCGUUAGGUGAAAGUGUGUGUUGUGUUCAUUUUUUGUUUGAUAUAAAUAGACAUCGUGAGGGAUACACAAGUAUUACGGAAACCCGGGAAAUCAUGGAUAAUGUAAAUAACAAUAAAAGUACAAGAUAUUCGUUCCUUCAACGAAUAUUGGAUGAAGCACGCAGUAAAUUUGUAACUUCCUCACCAACCGAAUGCACAACAGUCAACAUGGAGCUAUCGCAUAGUUUAACAUUAAACGAAGAAGCGUUCAAACAAAUUCCCGAGCAUAAAAAGCCCGUUUUUGUGUUUGAAUGGCUUCGAUUUUUAGACAAAGUUUUGGUGGCUGCUCACAAGUCCGACAUAAAGGAAUGCCAAAAGAAACUGGUCGAACAAUUAACUACACACAUUCAAGGCUCUCCUGGCCCACCGACGAGAAAAUUGAUCGCAAGCUGCUUAGCAACUUUGUUCUCAGUUGGUGACACCUUUCUGCUGUUUGAUACGGUCAAUAAAUGCAACGAUAUAUUGAAGAAUAGGGAUGAUUCGCCGAGCUUUCUGCCGACAAAACUUUCGGCCAUCUGUUGUGUUGGUUCCAUGUACGAGAAACUCGGACGCAUGAUGGGCCGAUCGUACGAAGAGACCGUUCAGAUAUUGAUUCGGUCAUUGAAAGGGGCCGAAUCUCAGAUGAGAAUUGAGAUAAUGAUUACGCUGGAGAAGGUGUGUGCUGGCAUGGGAACGGCUAUAUCGAAUGUGCACAAAGACAUUUAUAAAGCCACAAAAUUGUGCUUAACCGAUCGGGUUAUGGCUGUACGUGUAGCUGCUGCGAAAUGCUUGCUAGAAAUGGUCAAUCAUGCGCCAUUUUUGUACACAACCGAAGUGGAAAGUGUGGCGACUCUGUGUUUCCGAGCGUUCGAUGGCAGCAACUACGAAGUUCGUUGUGCUGUUGCUAAUUUAUUGGGUAACCUAAUUGCUUGUACGCAAAAACCUGCAAGACCAGGUCAACCGUUACAAUCGUCAAAAACAUUUCGACCAACAUCACUGGACGAAGCAUUUGGUCUUUUAAUGUCCGGAUUUCUGAGAGGCGGUGUGUCGUUCUUAAAAGGCACCGGCGAAAUGAUUAAAGGAAGUUCGGGAGUCAACCGCGAAGUUAGGGUUGGAGUUACACACGCAUACGUGAUUUUCGUUCGUGUUAUGGGCGGGGCAUGGUUGGAGCGAAAUCUUCAAGCCUUUCUUGUUCACGUCUUGGAUUUGGUUGCUAAUCCGAAAGCAGCAUCAUCACACGUAGACGCAGUGUAUUCACGGAAAUGCAUAAACUUUAUCUUACGUUCUGUGAUCGGUAAAAUGCUUGGCGAGAAGGCACAGACAUCGGCAUGCAAGGAAUUGGUCUUGAUAAUAGCGAAACAAAUGAACACAAUUGACUUCAAUCCGGAAAAUGCCAAGGAUUCCAAUCAGGAAACAUUGUUCAGCCAGCAUUUAUUGGUCUGUGCGCUACAAGAGUUGGGUAGUCUCAUACUUAGCUUAGGUACGACGGCACAAGUUUUAUUGACCGAUCAAUCUCUGAAUAUGAUCGAUGCAACGUGUGCGGUUCUCGUGCACCUGUGUUCGGCAGCUCGAUUGUCGGCCGCUUGGUGUUUGAGAUGUAUUUGCGUAGCGUGUCCCAGUCAAAUAACAUUGUUGAUUGAUCGUUUUGUCGAUGCGAUUGAAACCAUGCGUGCAUCACCGGAAGCAAUUUCUGGAUAUAGUAGUGCUUUGGCAGCUGUGCUUGGUAGUGUCAGCCAGUCUCCGCUGGGAAUACCACACACAAAAGGAAAGGUUGUGUUCAAUACUGCCGAGGAAUUGCUUCGAUCGGCCAGUCAAAAUUCGAGGCUUUCUUUGAAUCGCAUACAGGCCGGAUGGCUGUUGAUCGGUGCAAUAAUGACAUUAGGCGUUCCCGUUUGCAAAGGAUUGCUGCCGAGAAUGUUGCUACUGUGGAGGUAUUCGUUCCCACAAUCGGAAAAAGAACUGAGAUCAGAAAAAGCCCGUGGAGAUGCUUUCACCUGGCAAGUUACGCUUGAAGGAAGAGCUGGUGCAUUGUCGGUGAUGCACAGUUUUCUGUUGCAUUGUUCGGAGCUUUUGACGGAAGACAUCACGAAACGCUUUCUGAAACCAUUGGAUAGUGCUUUAACAAUGCUCGUCGACCUUUCAGUUGUGCUAAAGACCUACGGACAACACCUAAAAGCUCCAGCAGCAAUGGUGCGUCUUCGACUGUACGAAACGUUGUCAUUGCUGCCGCCAAACAUUUUGGAAUUUUUCUUCACUCAUCUUCCAAACAUUUGCCAAGGCGACACGAAGAAAUACAACAAGUUCACGCAUCUUUUGCAGAUGUUAGUCGCUGAAUUUACGCUGGCCGACAAUCCAGCAAACACCACCAAUUCGUUGCUAAGGAAUUUAUGUCAUGCAGACGAUUCGGUUAUACUCGGGACAUGGUUGCAGGAAAACGAUCACAAAACUAUUGAAGAUCAGAUGGAACCAAAUCGAAAACCCAGCGGGGAACACCUUCAGCCCAACAGUGCCGCUGGUUCGGGUGCACUGGAACACGAUCACUGUUGUCUGUAUCGGCCUCUGCCGAAAACCGAAUUAUUUCCCGGUCCACUUCCACUCGGCGUUGCUGUCAUCGACAUGUCAGUAACAUUGUUCGGCCAAAUAUUCUCCCGUUCGGCCAACAAACACCGAGUCACCAUGUUCAACCAUUUCGCCGACUGCAUUCGACAGUCGAAGAGUUCACGGCAGGAGGCCGUUCAAAUGAACAUAUUCGCCGCACUUCUGUGCGGUCUGAAGGGAUUGAACGAAACAAAAUCUUCCAUUGGACAGGAAGACGUUCAAAAAUCGGCCACGAGUCUGAUUUUAGCAGCUUUGGUCAGUCCGAAUUCCAUACUGAAAUGUGCAGCUGGCGAAGCAUCCGGACGCAUGGCUCAAGUUAUUUCCGAUUCGAAAUUCACGGCGGAAUUAUCACAGACCAGUUUCGAUAGGUUGAAAUCGGCUCGAGAUGUCAUAACUAGAACAGGUCAUUCGCUUGCGCUGGGGUGUUUGCACAAAAAUGUUGGUGGAAUGGGAUCGUCACAGCAUCUCAACACCAGCGUAUCAAUUCUACUUGCGUUAGCACAGGACGGAACGUCUGGAAGUUCGCCAAUCGUUCAAGUUUGGGCAUUGUAUGCGCUUUCGUUGAUAGCUGAAUCGGGUGGACCGAUGUUCCGGAGUUACAUAGAGCCAACAUUGUCUCUAUCCAUCAAAUUGCUACUGACUGUGCCACAAUCGUUCGUCGAUGUUCACCAGUGCAUUGGACGAGUUUUGUCUGCGGUUUUGACCACAAUGGGACCCGAACUGCAAGGAAACACAACUUCCAUAACAACGAUGAGAUCUUCGUUUCUAUGUGCCUGUGCAAUUAUGCAAUCACACUUCGAUCCGCUAGUACAAGCAGAAGCUACUGGUUGUUUACAACAAUUACAUCUAUUCGCUCCCCGGCACGUCAAUUUGUCUUCAUUGGUGCCGUCUCUGUGUAAAACAUUGUCGAGUAACUAUUUGGUGCUACGUAAAGCAGCUGUUUCCUGUCUUCGCCAGUUGGCCCAACGUGAAGCGAAAGAAGUGUGCGAACACGCUUUGACAUUAAGUUCGGAUGAAGAUAGUCGAUUUGUGAUGACUGAUGCAGGCCUGCCCGGCGUUUUGUUCGGAAUGCUCGAUACAGAAACGGACAGUGAAAUGAUCAAAAACAUUCACGACACGUUGACGUCAAUGCUUCAAAUGUUGGCUUCAGACAAUCUGUCUCAGUGGUUGGGAUUGUGCAAGAAUGUAUUGACGGUGACUACCGACAAUAUCGGUGAAGAGGCUGUCGUUAAAGAAACUGUGAACCUAAAUGAUGACGACGACGACGAUAAUGACAAUGACGACGAUGUGGAAGAUUUCCACAUUGAGGAGAAAGAAACCACCCAUCCGGCUGUACAACCACGCUGGCCGACACGUGUAUUCGCUGCCGAAUGCAUUCGCAAAAUUAUUUCAACGUGUGAAUCGGCCAAUCCCAUCCAUUUCGAUUUGAUUCAAGCGAAGGAAAUGCAAAUGACCAAGUCCAAGUCGAGUGACUAUUUGAUUUUGCAUCUGUCCGAUUUGAUUCGGAUGGCUUUUAUGGCGGCAACAAGUCAUUCCGAUCAGCUGCGAUUGGAAGGGUUGAAAACAUUGCAGGAAGUAAUCGAUAAAUUUGCUCGGGUGCCAGAACCAGAGUUUCCCGGACAUUUGCUGCUGGAACAAUUCCAGGCACAGGUGGGAGCUGCGCUACGUCCAGCAUUUUCAGUUGAUACUCCAUCACAUGUUACUGCUGCUGCUUGCGAAGUCUGUUCAGCAUGGAUUGGGUCGGGUGUUGCAAGAGAUUUGAAUGACCUAAGGCGUGUCCAUCAAUUGCUUGUUGUCAGUUUGUCCAAACUGCAAUCGAAAACGAACAGCACUCAACUGUAUAACGAAAGCAUGGCGACGCUAGAAAAGCUCAGCAUCUUAAAAGCAUGGGCUGAAGUGUACAUUGUAGCCAUGAUUGGCAACGGUUCGUCUCCUGCAAGUCUAAUAUCGAAGAAAUUGUCCACAUCAACCACUACGUACACAACCACAACGACGGCAUCAACGUCCAGUCCAAUUAACACAGACAAUGAUAAUGGUGAUUUCGGUGAUUUCGAGAGCCAGGGUGAAAGUCUUCUGUCAUUGGUAAAACCUGAACUCGACAACUUGUCUCAGAAUUGGUUGGCUGCUUUAAAGGAUCAUGCCUUGCUGUUGCUUCCAUCCGAAUUUGCUAAUCAAUUACCGCAUGGCGGUUCGUUCUACACAAAUGAGACAAUGAAUUCGUCCAAGCCGCACUAUUUAACCUCAUGGCCACAAAUACUGUACGCUGCAGCAUUAUGGUUGAACGACGGUGGAUUCGAUACGUCAGACACUUCAGAUGACGUCAAAAAUGGCAAUGCUGAAUCAGAUGGUGGCAAUGUCAUAAGUCAUGGCAGCUUGAGUGCGGAUCGUUUCCAUUUGAUAUUUGGAAUUUGCAUGGAAGCACUGUGCAGUACACGGUCGAGCGAGAAACACGAAUCGGUUGUGUCAUGCCUCCGAGGAGUUUAUACGAUACUAAGUAGUCCAUGGUCUCGUCGAAUGCUAUUCAAGGACAAAACUUUGGCUGUCGAACUGUGCAAUGUCCUUCACCGGUUGAUAUUAACGCGUGACUGUCUGGAGAUCCAAUUACUGUGCAUUGAAACGUUGAAGGAAACUAUUUCCGGGGCAAAGGAAUGUCUUGAGAAUGAGAAAGCAGCCAAGCUAAAAGAUAUCGAUGACAACGAACAGAAGACCGAACUUUCGACAGAGUUGGAUUUAUUGGGUGAGGGCGGAGAAUCGGGUGAAAUAAUCCCUGGACAAUCACAUGUGUACGCUGUAAUGGAAGUCUGCCUCUGCCUAUUCGUUCGUCAAAUCCCCACAAUGAAUCCGUCAACGAACACUCGAAUUACUUCCGAUCAACUGCAAUUGAAAUGCAAUGCAAACGGUACGUUUUCAUUGGGCGAAGACAAUGGAAUGCUGGUGGCAUCAACCCUACAAUGUCUUGAGGGAUUGACUCAACUGUGUUCACCGCAAGGAGCCGCACAAAUACUUCCGACAUUGCUUUACCUCACUACCAGCGUCAUCAAAGAAAUCGCUACCAAAUCCUCUGACGAUCAAACGAUCAUUGCCAACACUGGACCCAUUAAAGCGGCUCUGCAUUGCCUGAAAUCAAUCGCAACGGAUCGUUAUGCCUCCAAUGAUCGUACCGCCGCACAAUGGAAGAAACUAUUGCAGUCCGCAUUAGCUUCCAUAAUUGACCUGACCAAAACCGGUUGUGAUAACACUAAAGUGGACGAGGUGACAAUGAUGUACGCAAUUGCUGUGUUCAUUCGUCAUACGCCAGCCAAUCUGGUAUCAACUCCAAGCUUGAAGUUUCCGUGCAUCAAUCAUUUCCGUCAUUGCUUGCAACAUGAAAAUUUGAUCGUGAAAAUGAAGUGCAUUCAAACAAUGCGAUCGAUCUUCCUUGGUACGGAUUUGAAGGUUGCUACUCCAUACAUACAUGCGCUGGCACCACGGGUCAUUGAAGGACUAUACACGGAGAAAGCCAAGAAUCCAACAACGGAACUCGAAUUGGCAAUCACUUUGGAGAGUGUGACAACUGUCGAGUCUUUGAUAUCGUUAGCAGAGCCACAGAAUCGAAACUUGAUGCAAGGAAUUCAGAUGCUGACGCUAUUGGUUCCGAUUUUGAUCAACUAUCUGCUGGAAGCUCAUCAGCUAAAAAGUGCACCCAAAUUCCGAACACAAUUGCACGAUCAGUCACUGAAAUGGUUGAUGAAAAUCGGUCCUAAAUAUCCGCAAGAAUUCAAAUCGUUGAUGAGUCAGUUGCCGGAACUACGGGCUACAUUAGAGACAGCCAUACGUAACAAUCAAGUGGUCAGCGAUCAGAAGCAGAGAAUCGAAUAUGAGAGCAACAGCAAUAAAUCGAAUGUAAAUCAAGCGAAGCCUACGAUUCAAUUGAAAACCGAUUUUAGUAAUUUUUCGUAGAUUCUUCGUCCGUGAGUAGAAUAUUGGAAUUAUAAAAAAAAAGAAAAAUUUGUAAAUUGUUGUUAGAUUGUUAUUUAUAAUGUAUGUGGUGGCUGAUGCACCCAGAUUCAAUUUAUUAUUUACGUAUUAAACAGUAGUGGAACAACCAACUCCAUUAUUGUAUAGAAUGGUCUGUGGAUCCAGCAUUUAGUUUUAUUUUCAUUUUUAAUUAAAAUAAUUUCCGCUGAAAGUUUUGUAACCGAAGUUAAUUCUGUAAUUAGGAAAAAUGAAAUGUAAUCAAUUACAAUUGUACGAUCUAACGCCACACUUUUAAUUUGAAUAAAUUGGAACUUUUUUUAA